AUGGAUGGGUUCGAUGUAUCGCAAGCUCCCAAGGAGUAUCAAGAUCUCAAACCAAUUGCAGACCUUUUUGUCCUCGGCAUGGGCAUAGGGUGGGUCAUCAACUACAUUGGCAUGGUUUAUAUAUCGUUCAAGGAGCGUACCUAUGGAAUGUCCAUCAUGCCCCUCUGUUGCAACAUUGCGUGGGAAGCCGUUUACUGCCUUGUCUAUCCUUCGAAAAGUGGGUUGGAGUUGGGCGUUUUUGCAGUCGGCCUAUUGAUCAAUUUCAUGAUCAUCUAUACGGCUGUGACAUACUCACCUCGAGAGUGGAGUCAUGCGCCAUUGGUUGAGCAAAACAUCCUUUGGAUAUUCUUUGUGGGUAUCACAGGAUUCACUACCGGACAUCUAGCUCUGGCAGCUCAACUUGGGCCUGCAUUAGCCUAUUCCUGGGGCGCGGUUGUGUGUCAACUCUUACUCAGUGUUGGUGGCCUCUGUCAGCUCAUUUGUCGAGGUAGCACCCGUGGGGCUUCCUAUACUCUAUGGUACGUCAUCUUCAGUAUUCGCUCCCAUUGA